AUGCUCGAUGAAGAUAUAAUGAUUUUCUGUCCUAUUCAUAAUUAUGAAAUCGUAUUUCUUGAUAUUCAUGAAGGAAUUCCUCUAGGAGAAAGGGCUUGUUGUAAAGGAUGUUGUAAUAUCAAAAAAGCAUAUAAUAUUAAAGAAGCAAAAAAUAAGAUCAAUUCUUAAAGACUUUUGGAAACCUAGAUUAUCAAUACUAAUAUAGAUAAGAUAAUGGAGGAAAUGAAUUUUAUAGAAAAAAAAAUAAAAUCAUUUUAUAAAGAAAUCCAAGUUGUUUUUAAUGAAGUUUUCCUUUCUAUAGAAAACUAGAAAAUAUAACUAUAAUCUUAAGCAAAUAUUGAAAAUGAAAUAAAGAUUAAAUCUUUAAGUGAUCUUUAAAAUCUUGCAUUAAUGAUAUGUUAAUUAGAAAAUAAUUAGAAUAAUAAUUUAUUUUAGUUCAAAUAAUUAGAUAUGAGUGCUUAUUUAACAAAUCUACAGAAUAAAUUAGAAAAGGUUCAGAAUAUUGUUGAUUAAUAUAUGACAACAAUAAAAGCUACUAAAAUUGAUUCAGAAUAAUAAAUAGUCUUUCGAAAUAACUAUUAAGUGAUUUAAACUUAUCAAAUGGAUAAAUGGAUUGAUCCAAUAUUAUUUUAAUAAGAUAACAAUAAGGCUAUUAUAUGUGAUUGUUCUGGAAUUAUGGAAAUUAAUUUUGAGAAUAGCAAAUUUAUAAAUCAGCGUUUAAUUUAGAUAAAUAAUAUUACAGGAAUUUGUUUUGAAGCUAAUCUAAACUUAAUGAUAAUUGCAAGUCAAGAUGCUUUAAUUUCAAUUUGGCAAAAAGAAAAUUAGAAUUGGCAUUUACGUUCAUAAUAUAAAGGACAUUCUUAAUCAAUUAAUAAAAUAAUAAUAAAUGAAUCUAAAUCUUAGGUUAUAUCUGCUGGUUUAGAUCAUAAAAUUGUUAUAUGGAAUAGAAAAGAGUUAAAAUUAGAAAAAUAGAUUUCUUUAAAAGAACACAAAAAAAGUGUCACAAGUUUAGCUUGGAAUUAUUCUGGAGAAUAUUUUGCAUCUGGAAGUGCCGAUAAAAGUAUAAUUAUUUGGAAAUCUAAUAAUGGAUAAUGGAGUUUACAUUAAUAAAUAAGUGAUAAACAUUAAGAAUUAAUUUCUGAUAUUGUUUUUGAUGAUUAUGAUAAUAUAUAUACAGCAGCUGAAAAUGUUUAUGUAUGGAAAUUAGAUAAUAGUAAGAAUUAUAUAUUUUAUUUAAAGAUACAAACUUAAAAUCAAGUCAAAAAAUUAUUUUAUAAUAAAAAUCAUUAAUAUUUAAUUAUUUUAUAAAAAACAAUAGAAAUCUGGAAAAUUGUGAAAGAUUAGAUAGUUCAUAAAUAAUCAAUAAAUGGUGAAUAUUAUAAUCAGGCAAUCUCUAUUAAUGGUUAAUUUAUACUUGCUUAAAAGUAUAAAAACCAAGAAUUGGAAUUAUUUGAAUUAAAAUAGUUGUGA